CAUAAGAAGUUUCCUUCUUCAGACGGCCACGCGGAUUGCACGCAUUGAAUUGCGUUAUUGUGGAGAUUAUUCGAGUUGGAGUUUUCUCUAUCGUUGUUGAAAUAUACUGAAUAAUGGACCAAAAAACAGAUGAUCAAACUACCCCCGAUUCUUGGGAACAACAUUCAGAUGGAGCUUUAAAUAAUGUCGAGGACGACAGCAAUAACUUAUCAAAGCAUUUUCUAGGACUGAACGUGGAUGCCCCGCCAUUCGUUCCAUCAUUUGCAACUUUAGCAGCAGCUCAAGCUGUAUCUCCAUCAGAAGAAAGUAAUCCCAGCCCUGAAAAUGAAAAACAGCCUGUACCUGAUCCACCUCCACUGGCAAUGGAAAUUGACAACAAAGAAAGUGCGGGUGGAGAUAUAGUAGAUGAUGAUUUACCAGCUGACUGGGAAAAUGUUGAUAUUGAAAAUAACAUUCUUGCUGAUGAAGAUGAUGAUGUUGCUGAAGUUGAAGAAGUUGAAAUAGUUUCAAAAAGUAAAAAAAAGGUACUUAAAGAAGAGGAAGAAGGUAUUAGAAAAGAACAUGUAAAUGUUGUUUUCAUUGGACAUGUUGAUGCAGGGAAAUCAACAAUUGGUGGACAGUUAUUAUAUUUAACUGGAAUGGUAGACAAACGUACUUUAGAAAAAUAUGAACGUGAAGCAAAAGAAAAGAAUAGAGAAUCGUGGUACCUUUCAUGGGCUUUAGAUACAAAUCAAGAAGAACGAGACAAAGGCAAGACAGUUGAAGUAGGAAGGGCUUACUUUGAAACAGAAACUAAACAUUUUACUUUAUUGGAUGCUCCUGGACAUAGGAGUUUUGUUCCAAAUAUGAUUGGUGGUGCAUGUCAGGCAGAUUUAGCAGUUUUAGUUAUUUCUGCACGAAAGGGUGAAUUUGAAACUGGUUUUGAAAGAGGUGGCCAGACCCGAGAGCAUGCUAUGUUAGCAAAGACUGCUGGUGUUAAACACUUAGUAAUUCUUGUGAACAAAAUGGAUGAUCCUACAGUUGAAUGGUCAGAAGAAAGAUAUAAUGAAUGUAAAGAUAAACUCAUUCCAUACCUUAAAAAAUGUGGCUUCAAUCCCAAAGUAGAUGUUUAUUUUAUGCCCUGUUCUGGAUUGACAGGAGCUUUCCUUAAGUAUAUUCCUGAUGAAAAAGUGUGUCCUUGGUAUAGAGGACCAGCAUUUUUGGAAUAUAUUGACAGUUUACCACCUUUAAAUAGGCCUACUGAAGGUCCCUUCCGAAUGCCAGUUGUAGAUAAAUAUAAGGAUAUGGGUACAGUAGUAUUGGGUAAAGUAGAAGCUGGAAAUGCGAAGAGAGGACAGCAGUUGCUUUUAAUGCCAAACAGGAAAGCUGUAGAAGUUUUACAAUUAUGGUCAGAUGAAGAUGAAGUUGUUUCUGUAAUGUCAGGUGAAAAUGUGAAAAUAAAAUUAAAAGGAGUUGAAGAAGAGGAAGUGUCAUCUGGCUUUGUUUUGUGUGAUUUUGUCAACCCAUGCCGAACAGGAAAGGUGUUUGAUGCUCAGGUUGUAAUUUUAGAGCAUAAAUCAAUCAUCUGUCCAGGGUAUAGUGCUGUUUUGCAUAUCCAUGCUGCUAUUGAAGAAGUUUCUGUUAAGGCAUUGAUAUGUUUAAUAGACAAAAAAUCAGGAGAAAAAGGUAAAACACGUCCAAGGUUUGUAAAACAAGAUCAAAUAGCAAUAAUGAGGUUGGAAUGUGCCGGUGUAAUAUGUCUUGAAUCCUUCAAAGACUUUCCACAAAUGGGUAGAUUUACACUAAGAGAUGAAGGUAGGACAAUCGCUAUUGGUAAAGUUCUUAGGCUUCUGGAAUAAAUUCUUUUUAAAGGAAGAAGACAAUAUCAUUCAGCUAUGAAAAUAAAUUAUUAGUUUUGCAUCUCUAUUCUUUUAUGCUUCCAUGUUUUGUACCCAACAUAAAAUGCAACAUAAUAAGAUAACUGGAACUUUGCAAUAAAAAAGUUAAUUUAUUCUCAAAUUUUUGAUUGGAUUGCUGUUAUGAGAACUGAGCUGUAUCAGCUGCAUUUUCUAAUGUGAUCUUAAUUGUGCUGUGUAACUAGAUUGAUUCAUGAUGCCAGCCCUGUAAAUUUUGUAAAAACAUUUACUGCUAAAAUUGGCAUUCCAUGUCUUUAAAUUUGGUUAUGGUUAAGGUGCUAUCUCUGUUGAAGUUUCAUAAUUAAAUUUCGCUGAAAUACCAUAACUUAUCCAUUAUAGUUGAUGCAUUGCCAUGGUUAACAUGAUUGAAAAAAAAAAUUGUUAAUUUAGUAAUACUGUUCUUUGCAUUUUUGUGUAUGUUUUUAUAUUUUUAAUAUGAAUCAAAUUCUCAUAACAAUAUUUUUUUGAUAAAACUUUAGUUAUUUAUUAUAAUGUAUUUGUAUGAUUAAUGCUUUGUAAUAACCGUAAAAAAAAAGGUUAGGUUUACAAUUUGUUUAAACUUUUUUUUGGUAAAUUAAUUUAAUGGACCAAUUGCUAUGGUGGGUGCUUAUUUCUUAAUUAUCAAAAACAUUGAUAAUAAGUAAGUUUUAUGAAUAAUUUUCAAGAUUUUUCAUAGUUAACUGUUUUAGGUGAUUUGUUUUCUUAGCUGAAAAAAGAGUUUUGAUUGAUUUACUUGUUUUAUACUUAAAAUAUCUUUCAACAAAUCAAUAUAAAACAGUUGUAAAGUUUUUAUAUUUUUAUUUUAUUACUCUGCCUAUGUAGUCAUCAUUAGUGUUUAUUUCUAAUGACUGGGGAUACAGAUUUUUGAUGAAUUUUGUAAGCAUCAUUCAGUGCCUGUUUAACUCUUGAUUUCUAUAUCAUCUGCAACCUUGUGACCGUCAUGUCAACAAAAUAAAGGUCCUCUUGCAGAACAAACUAUAUUAGAAGAGUUCUACUCUUCUAAAACUUGUAAAAUAAAGACAUGCCAUUAAGGUACAUUUGUUACGGAGAUCUGGGAAUAAAUUUUGUGGAUUUUU